AUGGCCCUUCACCCUGUUGCGUCGCUUUAUCGACGCUCCCUAAAGCUUGCUCUUGACUGGGCUGUGCACAGGCAGAUUUGGCGCGGGCAAGCAGUGUAUAUACGAUCCCUUUUCGAUGCGAAUAAGAAUGUCCGCGAUCCGCGUCAACAGAAGGUACUGCUGCGGGAGACAGAAGAUCUAUUAGAAACUUGGAAGCAUCCAGACCCGUACCGAGCACCCACUGCUCCGGGUGGUAACAAAUAUGAAAGGAAUCUGCCUGCUCGCCAAUUGCCGUAUGCUUCGGGCAGCCACUAA